AUGUGGAUGCUCUUCUUUCUGAGUGCCUUGCUGGGGGUGUUGGGGUCAGAGGAAACGCCCUCUGGAGCACCUCAGCAGCUUCAGGCUCUCCACUGCCCGCCCUGCGAGCAGAUACACUGCUCCUCCAGGCGGGCGCUGAAGCUCCAGUGUAAAGGCGGCGUGACGACGGGCGUCUGCGGCUGCUGCCCCGUCUGUGCCAGGGUGGAGGGGGAGACCUGCGGAGGGACGUGGGACUAUCUGGGCAAGUGUGACGAGGGACUGGUGUGUGUUUACCAGGACUCAGAAGCUGACAAACCAGACGCAGAGCGCAAAGGGAUCUGCGAAGCAGUGAUCGAAUCCUUGGAUGCCGAGAUCUGUCACCCAGAGUGCACCAGGGACUACUGUCAGGCCAACCCCUCUGAGAUCUGCUCUGCCAGGUUUGUGUCUCUGGAGAAGACAGCGUGCCAGGGCUCCUGCCAGCACACCUCCUGUUCAAGCUGUCUGCUGCUAAAACCCCCAUCAUGCCCUCAGACCUGCGCCCACUCUGAUUCUUCCUGUCUGCGCCACUUUGGGAAGUGUGUGCACAAUCACCUGACAGCGACUCAAAAUCCUGUGUGCCACAGCAACCUACAGAGCGAUCCUGAGGGGCAUUUUCUGUGUCUGGUCCCUGCCUGUCCAAAAGCAUCGCAGUAA